CUGGCGGUGUUUUUGGAGAAUAGAGUUGCGAUCGUACGUUACUAUAGAGACCGAAAAAUUGCGCCUCCGUUAAUCCGGAAGAGGAAGUGCACGUUCGCGGGCUCUCUCUUUUUUUCUUCGGAGCGCCAUUUUGUGAGAGGCUGUUGGGGGGCCAAGGAAGCCGGCUUUGCGCUCAUCCUUGUUGAUUUGCUGGUUUUCCGUCGCCGCCGCUGCCUUUCUCCUCCUCCUCCACAGCAGCAGCAGCAGCAGCGGCGGCGUCCUCGCCAUGACGGACCGUUACACGAUCCACAGCCAGCUGGAGCACUUGCAGUCCAAGUACAUCGGGACGGGCCACGCGGACACCACCAAGUGGGAGUGGCUGGUGAACCAGCACCGGGACUCCUACUGCUCUUACAUGGGCCACUUCGACCUGCUCAACUACUUUGCCAUCGCCGAGGACGAGAGCAAGGCCCGGGUGCGCUUCAACCUCAUGGAGAAGAUGCUGCAGCCGUGCGGGCCUCCCGCCGACAAGCCCGACGAAUCCUAAGGCCGGCUCCCGCAGCCCUCCCCGCCCCCCCCUUUCCCCCCAGUCCCUGCCUGAGGCGGGAGAGGAAGGAGAGAAGCGGGGCCGGCCGCCAGCCCGCCCGCCGCCCACGCGCGGGGAGGAGCGAUGGACUUGGAGAAGCCCCCGAGCAACUGGUUCCCCCCAGAUCCGGGGCCCCCAGCCGAGCCGCUCUGCUGCUGACUUGUUCCCGCCGCUUUCAGGCCAGCGAGGGGCAUGGUCGGGGGAAGCCUUUGGCGAACUUGCCCUGCGGCCAACUGUGGAAACUCGCCGCUGUUUCAGAGGCUGAGGCUGCCCGAGCGGAUUGUUUCUCUUUGGCGAAAGACUCUUAGCGCGGACAAACUGUGGCAGGACGGUGACUUUCCCCGCACUCCCGCUUAGAAAUGUUUUGGAGGAGAGGCGUUGGGUCGCUUAAUAAAUGCUGCGUUGCUGCGUGUCCCAA